AUGCCGCCGCAGAUCAAGCAUGACCUCAACCGCUCGGGCUGGGAGUCCACCGACUUCCCGUCCGUGUGUGAAAACUGCCUACCCGAAAACCCCUAUGUCCAAAUGAUGAAGGAAGAUCAUGGCGCAGAAUGCAAGAUUUGUACCCGUCCCUUCACUAUUUUCCGCUGGAAAGCCGAUCGGACUUCCCGCCAGAAGCGCUCUAUCAUCUGUCUAACUUGCGCGCGUCUCAAGAACUGCUGCCAAUGCUGCAUGCUCGACUUGUCUUUUGGUCUUCCGAUCGUCGUCCGCGAUGCGGCUCUCAAGAUGGUUGCUCCCGGCCCGGACAGCUCGAUUAAUCGCGAAUACUAUGCGCAGGAGCACGAGAAGGAGAUUGAAGAGGGCCGUGGCGCGAUCGAGGAAUAUGAGAAGACCGACGACAAGGCCCGUGAGUUGCUGCGGCGUCUUGCCAACAGCGAACCAUAUUAUCGGAAGCCCCGCCGCAUCGAGGCACCGCCAGCGGAUGGAGAGGAUGCCGGGGAGUCUGCUUCGCAAGAACCGCGCACGCACAGUCGGUACGGAAAUGGACCAGGUCCGAUCCGAACGAGCGAAAGCCGCGUGGGGAACCGUUUGCCUGGGCGCGGAGGUGCACGUGGAGGACGAGGUGGAGGCCGGGGUGGUCGACCAUUCCCUGGCACUGCUCAGCUGCCGCCGUCGGCCGAUGAUAUUCUCCCGCCUGCGGAUCCCAACAUUACUUCCCUGUUCGUGACGGGUGUAGAGGACGAUCUCCCUGAACAUACCCUUCGAACUUUCUUUACGCAGUUCGGCCAGCUUCGCUCGUUGAUCUGCUCACACCGUUCGCACUGUGCCUUCAUUAACUAUGUCAACCGCGCUGAUGCCGAAGCCGCCGCGAAACAGUGCCAGGGCAAGGCUGUUAUCCAAGGGUGCCCGCUACGCGUGCGCUGGGGUAAACCGAAGCCACUCGACAAUCUGGAUCGCGAGGAGCGACUCAACAACGCACGCGAAGGUCGGCAGGCCGCAGGGCCGGUUCCGAGAGGCACCAAGUCCGACAAGCGAGCCAUUACUGCCGCUGGCGAAGAAGCCGGCAAGCAGGAUAAGCCCCAGAACUACACUGUGGCUCCACCCCCGGGAGCCAGCUCGGUCCAGUACGCCAGUAUGUCUGGUGAGUAA